GGCGGGGACCGGGGGGGCGGGCGCCAUGGCGGGGCCGGGGGUGGCCGUGGGGACCUCUGCGAUCCCCGCCGGCACCGCCUCGCAGCGGGAGCCCGCCGCAGCCGCGGCCAUGUCCUCCGUCGCCUCGUACGAGAGCCUGGUCCAUGCCGUGUCCGGGGCCGUGGGCAGUGUGACGGCAAUGACGGUAUUUUUUCCUUUGGACACAGCUAGGCUUAGACUUCAGGUUGAUGAGAAAAGGAAGUCGAAGACAACACCAGCAGUCCUACUGGAAAUAAUCAAAGAAGAAGGCUUGCUGGCACCAUAUCGAGGAUGGUUCCCUGUUAUCUCCAGCCUGUGCUGCUCCAAUUUUGUUUAUUUCUAUACGUUUAAUAGUCUUAAAGCUCUCUGGGUCAAAGGUCAGCAUUCAACCACUGGAAAAGACUUGGUUCUUGGGGUUGUUGCAGGUGUAGCGAACGUACUCUUGACUACUCCUCUUUGGGUAGUGAACACACGGCUGAAGCUGCAGGGAGCAAAAUUUAGAAAUGAAGACAUUGUACCAACCAAUUAUAAAGGCAUAAUAGAUGCCUUUCAUCAGAUAAUUCGAGAUGAAGGAGUCUUAGCUUUAUGGAAUGGUACAUUUCCCUCUUUGCUGCUGGUCUUCAAUCCCGCUAUACAGUUCAUGUUUUAUGAAGGCUUUAAACGGAAGCUUUUGAAAAGACAGGUGGAACUCACGGCUUUGGAUGUUUUUGUCAUUGGUGCAAUAGCCAAAGCAGUUGCCACCACCCUCACUUACCCUCUGCAGACAGUGCAGUCGAUUCUGCGGUUUGGACGCCAUAGGCUGAACCCAGAGAACCGAACACUAGGCAGUCUUAAAAAUGUUUUUUACCUUCUUCGGGAGAGAGUGAGGCGAUUUGGAUUAAUGGGGCUCUACAAAGGCCUUGAAGCAAAGCUCCUGCAGACAGUCCUUACUGCUGCUCUUAUGAUUCUGGUGUAUGAGAAACUGACUGCUGCAACCUUCACGGUCAUGGGAUUAAAGCAUUCACGCAGAUAUUGAAAAAGGAACCUAUGCCAAAGAUUUGGGGCUCUGGAAAGACACAUUCCAUUUCUGAGACCACACGGGGUAGUAAAGGGUCCUCACUUUCUCUUUAUUUCUGUUUUCUUUUUAGCCAUCUCCAUUAUUUGGAGAAAUGUAGAAUACGUUCUGUAGGACUGGUUGCCAUGACUGUGGGGACAGCCCAAUCCCUGCUCUUCUGUGGACUCACUGUGUUAAGAAACAAAGCAGAGACCUUACUCAAACACUUGAAAUGAAAUUUUAAUUGCCAUAUGAUUUGGCUGAUGUUCUUGGUGAGAAUGAGUAUCUCCUAUGAUGCUUAACUUUCUUGUUUUCCCUUGAAUUAUCCUCAACUAUUAUUCUGUCUUUACCUUUUGUCAACAGCUGGUGGGGCUGGUUUCAUGUUAUUCUCCUCACGCUCUGUUUUUGUCACUUGAUUUGUGAUUCAUUAAAAUAAUGAAGAGCAAG